UUCCAGCUGUGAGGAACGGAGUCUUUAUUACACAUCACAUGUUCUGUAUUCUCUCUGAUUCACCGAGGAUGGACAAGGACAGGAGUCACAGGACUGAGAGUAUAAUAAAAAUCACUCUGGAGAUCAUCUACCUACUGACUGGGCAGGAUUACACAAUAGUGAAGAAGACAUCCAAUGAGUAUAAGACACCCAGCAGCCAUCCCCGUGUAUCAGGAGGACUGAGUAGAACCCAGAGUCCAAUCACGGUGCCUCCACCUCACUCACUGACACAUGAGAGACACAAUGACAAGAAGAUCCUGGAACUCACCAACAAGAUCAUUCAGCUGCUGACUGGAGAGCGUGAAGCACAAUUAAAUAAUAUUAAAGUCAAAGAUACAGAUGGAGAAGAAGAGACGUAUGUGACUGAUAUAAAGGCAGAAGAUAUAGAGGGAGAAGAAGAGAAGUAUGUGACUGAUAUAAAGGCAGAAGAUAUAGAGGGAGAAGAAGAGACGUAUGUGAGGAGUGAUCAGCAGUGUAAGGAGGAGGAGAUCCCUACAGUUAUCAGCACAGAUGGACACACAAGCAGGAAUAUCUCAGAAGGACAUCUAAUGUUAUCACCGGAUUGUGACAUAAAAGAUAAUGACAGUAGACAGGAUUCUCCAGGAGAUAACCCCAUUACCCCAAUUAUACAUCCGGCUCUAUCAGCUGAUCCCCCUGAUCCUGGGAAAUGUUCUCCUGAUCACUCUGAUAUUGGUGCAUCUGUUACAGCUCUGAGAGUAGAUACAGAGUUUCCCUGUUCUAUAGAUGCCAAAUGUUUUACACAGAAGGCAAAGCUUAUUACCCAUCAGCCAGCUAAGGCAGGUGAGAGGCCAUUUCCAUGUUCUGAGUGUGAGAAAUGUUUUGCAUGGAAAUCACAACUUGUUGCACAUCAGCGAAGUCACACAGGCGAGAAGCCAUUUCCGUGUUCUGAGUGUGGAAAAUGUUUUGCACACAAAUCAGAUCUUGUUACACAUCAGCGAAGUCACACAGGUGAGAAGCCAUUUCUAUGUUCUGAGUGUGGGAAAUGUUUUGCACACAAAUCAUAUCUUGUUACACAUCAAAGAAGUCACACAGGUGAAAGGCCAUUUUCUUGCUCUGAGUGUGGGAAAUGUUGUUUAUUUGAAUCACGUCUUGUUAUACAUCAGCGAAGUCACACAGGUGAGAAGCCAUUUUCUUGCUCUGAGUGUGGGAAAUGUUUUGCACACAAAUCAGCUCUAGUUAGACACAACAGAAGUCACACAGGUGAGAAGCCAUUUUCUUGUUCUGAGUGUGGGAAAUGUUUUACACAAAAAUCACAUUUUGUUACACAUCAGCAUCGUCACACAGGUGAGAAGCCAUUUUCUUGCUCUGAGUGUGGGAAAUGUUUUACAUCUAAAUCACAACUUGUUACACAUCAGCGAUGUCACACAGGUGUGAAGCCGUUUACUUGCUCUGAUUGUGGGAAAUAUUUUACACGGAAAUCACAACUUGUUACACAUCAGAGAAGUCACACAGGUGAGCAGCCAUUUCCAUGUUCUGAAUGUGGGAAAUGUUUUGCACACAAAUCAGAUCUUAAUAUACAUCAGGGAAGUCACACAGGUGAGAAUCCAUUUCCAUGUUCUGAGUGUGGGAAAUGUUUUACCCAGAAAUCAAGUCUUGUUACACAUCAGAGAAGUCACACAGGUGAGAAGCCAUUUUCUUGCUCUGAUUGUGGGAAAUAUUUUACACGGAAAUCACAACUUGUUACACAUCAGCAAAGUCACACAGGUGAGAAGCCAUUUUCUUGCUCUGAGUGUGGGAAAUGUUUUGCAAACAAAGCAGAUCUUGUUAUACAUCACAGAAGUCACACAGGUGAGAAGCCAUUUCCAUGUUCUGAGAAAUCAGCUCUUAUUGCACACAAUAGACAUCACUCAGGUGAGGAACCAUUUUAAUCUUCUGGAGUAUACUCAUCAUUGCCAUGCAUUCUUCAAGGUUUUUAUCCUAUUUUCUAUGCUUUUUGCAAUAUACAUGUUACC